UGUGUGUGUGUGUGGUAUGUGUGUUUGUGGUAUCUGUGUAUGUGUGCGUGGUAUCUCUGUGCUUGUGUGAUAUCUAGCGGACGCGUUCCGCGUUGUGAAACAUAGUGUUCCUGUAUGUAAGAACCGAAAAACACGUUAUAGUGUGAACAGCACGCGUUAAGCCAGGACUUGCCUACAGCAAGUGCCCCGAAUAGCAUCAGCAACAGCAGCGUCACCACGGUUAGCCAGCCGGGUGGUGGCGGUGGUGGCUACGCUGCUGCACGUGGCAGCCUGUAAUCCAUCACUGUGGAGGCAGCAGGGAGCGUUGGGGGAUAGAGCGUUGCCCCCUUGCACGAGGGUUGAGAUUUCUCCGGGUGCUUCGGUUUCCUCACGACGUGAAUAAUAAACGCAGCUCAUGAAUUGGGCUGAUAGCAUUUUUAAUAAAAUAUGUAAAUAUUGUGACAAGACCAUCUGUAAUGAUUUUUUCAGGUUAUCCUGGAUUCUAUAAUUACAUCAGCAGAUGGUAUAAUAGCAGCAGCAGAUUGUAUAAUGACAACAACAGAUUGUAUAAUGACAACAACAGAUUGUAUGAUGACAACAACAGAUUUUAUAAUGACAACAACAGCAGAUUGUAUAAUGACAACAGAUUGUAUAAUGACAACAGAUUGUAUAAUGACAACAGCAGAUUGUAUAAUGACAACAACAGAUUGUAUAAUGACAACAGAUUGUAUAAUGGCAACAGCAGAUUGUAUAAUGACAACAGAUUGUAUAAUGACAACAACAAGAGAUUGUAUAAUAACAACAACAGAUUGUAUAAUGACAACAACAGAUUGUAUAAUGACAACAACAGAUUGUAUAAUGACAACAGCAGAUUCUAUGAUGACAACAACAGAUUGUAUAAUGACAACAGAUUGUAUAAUGACAACAGCAGAUUGUAUAAUGACAACAGAUUGUAUAAUGACAACAAGAGAUUGUAUAAUAACAACAGAUUGUAUAAUGACAACAGCAGAUUGUAUAAUGACAACAGCAGAUUGUAUAAUCACAACAGAUUGUAUAAUGACAACAACAGAUUGUAUAAUGGCAACAGAUUGUAUAAUGACAACAGAUUGUAUAAUGACAACAUCAUAUUGUAUAAUGGCAACAACAACAGAUUGUAGAAUGAUAACAGCAGAUUGUAUAAUGACAACAGCAGAUUGUAUAAUGACAACAAGAGAUUGUAUAAUAACAACAGAUUGUAUAAUGACAACAACAGAUUGUAUAAUGACAACAGAUUGUUUAAUGACAACAGUAGAUUGUAUAUUGACAAUAGCAGAUUGUAUAAUGACAACAGAUUGUAGAAUGACAACAUCAGAUUGUAUAAUGGCAACAACAACAGAUUGUAGAAUGAUAACAGCAGAUUGUAUAAUGACAACUGCAGAUUGUAUAAUGACAACAACAGAUUGUAUAAUGACAACAGAUUGUUUAAUGACAACAGCAGAUUGCAUAAUGACAACAACAAAUUGUAUAAUGACAACAACAUAUUGUAUGAUGACAACAACAGAUUGUAUAAUGACAACAGCAGAUUGUAUGACAAUAGCAGAUUGUAUGAUGACAACAGAUUGUUUAAUGACAACAACAACAGAUUGUAUAAUGACAACAACAGAUUGUAUAAUGACAACAGAUUGUAGAAUGACAACAUCAGAUUGUAUAAUGGCAACAACAACAGAUUGUAGAAUGAUAACAGCAGAUUGUAUAAUGACAACUGCAGAUUGUUUAAUGACAACAACAGAUUGUAUAAUGACAACAGAUUGUUUAAUGACAACAGCAGAUUGCAUAAUGACAACAACAAAUUGUAUAAUGACAACAACAGAUUGUAUGAUGACAACAACAGAUUGUAUAAUGACAACAACAGAUUGUAUAAUGACAACAGAUUGUUUAAUGACAACAGCAGAUUGCAUAAUGACAACAACAAAUUGUAUAAUGACAACAACAGAUUGUAUGAUGACAACAACAGAUUGUAUAAUGACAACAGCAGAUUGUAUAAUGACAAUAGCAGAUUGUAUGAUGACAACAGAUUGUUUAAUGACAACAACAACAGAUUGCAUAAUGACAACAGCAGAUUGUAUAAUGACAACAACAGAUUGUAUAAUGACAACAGCAGAUUGUAUAAUGACAACAGCAGAUUGUAUAAUGACAACAACAGAUUGUAUAAUGACAACAACAACAGAUUGUAUAAUGACAACAGCAGAUUGUAUAAUGACAACAACAGAUUGUAUAAUGACAACAACAGAUUGUAUAAUGACAACAACAGAUUGUAUAAUGACAACAGAUUGUAUAAUGACAACAGAUUGUAUAAUUACAACAACAGAUUGUAUAAUGACAACAGAUUGUAUAAUGACAACAGCAGAUUGUAUAAUGACAACAACAGAUUGUAUAAUGACAAUAACAGAUUGUAUAAUGACAACAGAUUGUAUAAUGACAACAACAGAUUGUAUAAUGAAAAGAGAUUGUAUAAUGACAACAACAGAUUGUAUAAUGGCAACAACAAGAGAUUGUAUAAUGACAACAACAGAUUGUAUAAUGACAACAGAUUGUAUAAUGACAACAGAUUGUAUAAUGACAACAACAGAUUGUAUAAUGACAACAGAUUGUAUAAUGACAACAACAGAUUGUAUAAUGAAAAGAGAUUGUAUAAUGACAACAACAGAUUGUAUAAUGGCAACAACAAGAGAUUGUAUAAUGACAACAACAGAUUGUAUAAUGACAACAGAUUGUAUAAUGACAACAGAUUGUAUAAUGACAACAACAACAAAUUGUAUUAUGACAACAGCAGAUUGUAUAAUGACAACAACAGAUUGUAUAAUGACAACAGAUUGUAUAAUGACAAUAACAGAUUGUAUAAUGACAACAACAGUUUGUAUAAUGACAACAACAAGAGAUUGUAUAAUGACAACAACAGCAAAUUGUAUAAUGACAACAGAUUGUAUAAUGACAACAGAUUGUAUAAUGACAACAACAGAUUGUAUAAUGACAACAACAGAUUGUAUAAUGACAACAACAGAUUGUAUAAUGACAACAGAUUGUAUAAUGCCAAUAACAGAUUGUAUAAUGACAACAACAGAUUGUAUAAUGACAACAACAAGAGAUUGUAUAAUGACAACAACAGCAAAUUGUAUAAUGACAACAACAGAUUGUAUAAUGACAACAACAGAUUGUAUAAUGACAACAACAGAUUGUAUAAUGACAACAGCAGAUUGUAUAAUGGCAACAACAACAGAUUGUAUAAUGACAACAACAGAUUGUAUAAUGACAACAGAUUGUAUAAUGACAACAAUAGCAGAUUGUAUAACAGCAGCAGCAGCAGAUUGUAUAAUGGAGGAAACAGCAGCAGAGGCACACGGCGAGUUCAUGAAUCUGGCUUCAGAGUCACUCGAUCUGCCCCGGGCUUUCUCGGCGCCUUGCGGGGGGUUCCUGAUUUGCCAACCUUCGCGCCGUGAAUUUCUUGCUGAGCUUCAGACGUUGCACAACCUUAAUGGUCUGCUUGCACAGUCGUUAACGGUGCCCGUAACGAUCGCCCUAAUUCCCAUUUGGUCCAAAUGUAAUGCUCAAUUUCACGGUAUAUUUUUUGCUUGUCGUGGUUGUUGUUGUUGUUGUCUUAACGUGGCACUGCUAUGCUAAUACUGCUGCUGCUGCUGCACGUGGCUGGCUGUAAUCCAGUGCUGUGGAGGCAGCAGGAGCAGCGAGGGUUAGUGGAUCACCGUAGCCAGCUUCGUCGGGCGAUCUGUCUUCUUCACGAUCCUGGCAUCUUCGCCCGACGCAGAUGGCUGUGCUGAUCAUCGGCGAGACGCCGUACUCAAAUUGACAAUGGUGUGGGUUUGCUCUCCAACACACCAGUGAGUGCUGAAGUAGUCACAUUAUUUUCACGUUUUGUGUUUACGUGACAAACAUUACUUCAUUGGCUGUGUCGGGUGGUGGUGGUGGUGGUGGGUCAACGACACAUUUAUUUUGACGCGAUUUCACCCCCGAAGAAAACUUCUUCAUUCUGAGCGAAACUCCCUUGUGGAUGGCGCGUCGAGGAUGUCCCAGCCGCACUGCUGGCUGGCCAGGAGAAGGCGGUACACCAGCAAGGUGGACGAAUCUUUACGGGGAUAGAGCGUUGCCCCGUCGCUCGCACCACGGCGUGGGUUUUCCUCGGGUGUCUCCUGUUUCACCUCCCACGUGCGCAGUGAACAAUCGCGACUCUGCGUUAAUUGGGGCUGAAACCAGUCUUGAUGAAGAACAACCCCCAAAUGUGGCGGCUUGUCCCUCCUGGA